GUAGGUGGUCCCGACUCAAGCUGACAGCGCUUGCUUAUCUGCAUGUACUUGUAUUCAAAUCGCUGUACACGUACAUAAUUCUUAUUUAACUUCACAAUUACAACAAAAACAUACCUAAAUAUAUCGAUAAUUCUUUAUUUACUUUCACUCCUCUUACUAUUUUCGACCUUUAUUCUUAUACUCCUCCAUAUUUGCCUCAUUGGCUUAUAAGAGCUUUUAUGCCGUCGCUUUAAAAGGGCGCAUACGCGAACUUAUCGUACCUCUUCGUUUUCUAAGAAGAAGAAGAAAAAAAAAAAAAAUAAAAAAGGAAAAAAGGGAGGCCCUCUACUCCACGGAGAAGGAGGGUGACUUGACGCUGGUUUGGAACUAGCAGUAUCUGCUUCGGGGCGUAUGGUGGAGGCUAUGAGUGAUGGGGAGAGCGAUGACGGCAAGCGAGCGUCAAAAAAGCGCAAGGCUAGCCGCGCUUGCGACCGCUGUAACUCUCAACAUCAGCCAUGCGACAAUGCCGUCCCUAAGUGCAGCGUUUGUGUGCGCGCGGGCACCGAUUGCACCUACAACAGACCUGUGCGCAAAAGAGGUCCUCGUAGUGGAUAUACCGGCCAAAAUGGCGAGCGUCUAUGGGCUAUAGUCCUCCAGGCACGACCCGAACUUGAAGAUGUCGUUUUGCAGGUCCUUCGCGGCGGUACAUAUGGAAACACUGGUAUUCCUAACCUAGACUACUUCAAGAAUAACGACAACCAAGCGGAAUUGGUUAACAGGUUCAACGAGAGUCGACUGGGCCGAUUCUUACAAAAUGGAGAAUCCCCUGAUUUAUUUUUACCUCCUUUGGACCGACGAGUUUCACCAAUCAUCUCAAAAGUGCGCAAUGAGAUGGGUUUUACUCAAUCCUCAAAUCCUCACCGCCAGACCGACGCGGCUAGGCAUAGACCUGGCCUAUCUAACAGAUCGGUCUCAUCUGUCUCAGGACCUCAACCCAGCUCAGUAAAUCCUCAUGGUGCUCCUCAAGAUCCCAGCGAUAUUUACAUACUGAGUGAGGACAUUCGAAAACGAACUUUCCAUCCCAAUCAGAACCACAUGCAUAAUUAUAAUUCGGGCUAUUCUGAAGAAGGGCCUCAUAAUUUUAGCUUAGACCGGGCAUCAUCAGUCUUGGCGCCUCCCCAAGUUUCCACGCCUUUCGGUUCAAAUGGCUCCACUGACGACUACGGGGAGAGCUCGCGGCAAACGAGCGAACGCUUAGUACCAGAAAGGCAGAUAAGCGUUAACAUACCAAUGGGCCAUUCUCAACAUUCACAAUCUAUUGAACCAAGCAACCCACCAGCUUCAACACAAACUGAUGGACUCCACUUAGACGAGACCUCUCGAUGGGUCGACUCGAUACCAUUUGACACAUUACGAAACCUUGGAUUCGCUCCUGGGGAGAGCAUGGCGGAAGACUUCCUUGAGCUAUGCGAGAACCCCGACCCUAUUGAUCGUACUCCGGCCACCUCAGCUGAUCAGGAUGAAGACGAAGAAGCCGUCUGGCGCCGACUAGUAAUGCGCGGGAGAUUCGUAUAAAGAACCGUCUAGAUUCGCACAGCGCAUAUAAGAUAUGAGAUUAGUCCCAAAAUUCUAUUCACGGCACCAAGAGCCCCACGGCUGGUUGAGAAUGGAGCGACUAUAAAUUCUACCCUGAUAUCAGGUUCUAGAGACUCCGAGCCAUGAUGCUUUGGGGGUCCCUUUUUAUUACCUAGGGCGUUAUGUUUACUCCAAGAUUUUUCAGCAUAGGGCCCUCAGAGGUAGAUAUGCUAUACGUACCUAUCUAUUGACAUCAUUAGAACGAGCAUGCCAAUCGCAGCUCAUGCAUGCACCUUGAAGAAUAUAAAAAAACUGUUAUAAUUGGAUAUUCAAUGGUGGAAACGGUAGAUCAGUUGAAGAGCAGCGGGUGCGCAAGGCACAGUUCAGUAAGCCUCGGUUCAUAUUCGCCUAGAUUUAAACUAUCGCAGGACGUACAUAUUAGUAUAUACCCCUUAAUAGAGAUAAUACCCAUUUACAAAGUUACCAUGAGG